AUGUCUUAAAUCUUGAAGAAGGCAGCUAAAUAUCGAUCUGUCUCUACAAUCCUCCAACACGGAGAAGCCCAUCUUAGAGACCCCUAUACAUUGCCUCCAGAAAUAGUCACUCCUCCACCACCCAGGAAGGAAAGAAAACCGGAUGAUAUUACUGAUUUCCCUGAAUAGAAAUUUGUCCUGCUCCCAGAGUCCAUUCCAUAUCCAGAAGGUAAGUAUAGACCCGCUUCAGUCCCGUAUGUUGCUGGUUUCUAUCCCUACAAUUGUUAUCUCCAAAAGGGAAAGAUCUACUAAUGGUGUUCAUGCGGUAUCUCUUAAUCAAAUCCAUGGUGUGAUGGAAUGUGCAAUGCCUCUGUCACGAGAAAUAGACCAAUUAAAUUUAAUGUUGAUACAUCAGGAUAUUAUAAAUUGUGUAAUUGCAAAUAGAGUGCCAAUGCUCCUUUUUGCAAUGGCACACAUAGAUAAGUGAUUCGCUAAUAUCAUGAUGGAUUUAGAGGUUUUUAUGAACUCUGGGGAUGGGCAGCAUUUAUGGGAACCACCGGUUUUAUGGUUUGGAAUUUCCACAAUUGAUAUUUGAAAUGCACAUACAAUAUUAUAAUUUAACUAGAAUUUAUUGC